AAAUAAAAACAAAGAACCUAAAAUCAGAAAACCAAACGAACGAGUAGAAGAAAACAAUGGCAGUGCCGUUUUGGAGAGCAGCAGGGAUGACUUACAUAACCUAUUCCAACAUCUGCGCUAAUUUUGUCCGGAAUUGCCUCAAAGAACCUCACCGGAGUGAAGCUCUCAGUCGCGAGAAGGUCCAUUUCUCCAUCUCCAAGUGGGCUGACGGCAAGCCCCAAAAACCUACCCUUCGCUCAGAUACACCUGAAGUGUAAGGUGUGAGGUGUGAUGCUCGUCUUUCGCAUGGCUGAAUGAAGGUUGAUGUCCUCUUAGAAUAGAGUUUUAAUCUUUUUCUCUGUUUGGUGGAUUGGAUUUUUUCUGAGUAUAUUAAGAUGACAAUCUUAUUUUGGGAAUCAAUCUCUUAAUAAUGCAACUCAUGUAUGUUGGCCUACAUACUGUUUCUUGAUAACUUUAAAGGAAAAUUAUGAGCCUUUUUCUUCAA